UAUAUUCAAACGAAUUGAAAUGUUCGGUUUCCGGUUGAUUUACGUACAGCGACCUCUUUUUCCGGUUUACCUUAGUGCGUUAAACGCGUGUAACAAUGAAGGCGAAAGGUGAACUGAAAGAAUAUGAAGUCAUUGGACGUAAGCUGCCAACUAAGAAGGAGAAUAUACCUCCUUUGUAUAAAAUGAGAAUAUUUGCACCUGAUGCCAUUGUUGCAAAGUCUAGAUUUUGGUACUUCUUACGUCAAUUAAAGAAGUUUAAGAAAUCUACUGGAGAAAUUGUAUCUCUGAAACAGAUUCCAGAGAAAACUCCAAUCAAAAUAAAAAACUUUGGCAUUUGGUUGAGAUAUGAUUCCAGAUCUGGCACACACAAUAUGUACAGAGAAUACAGAGACUUAUCUGUUAGCGGAGCUGUAACACAAUGUUACAGAGACAUGGGAGCACGUCACCGUGCACGCGCUCAUUCCAUUCAAAUAAUUAAAGUAGAAGUUGUAAAAGCAGCCAAUUGUCGUAGACCACAAGUUAAACAAUUCCACGAUUCUAAGAUCAAAUUCCCAUUACCCAAACGAAUCCAUCAUAAAAAUCGUAUGCCACUCUUUAGCGUCCGUAAACCACGCACUUAUUUCCUUUAAGUGCAUUAUUUACAAUGUUUUGUAUAUUGACGCUAUAAAUAUAAUAUUCUAAACAAAAUAAA